CGAUCCUUCGUGCACCACGAUUCGCCUGAUAUCAUUUACACUGGGCUCCACAGUGCACGGCAACAACCCAAUCACCUCAUUCCAAUGGGUUGACACGUCUAAGACCCCACGUGAGUUCGUGCAGUCAGCAGAAGGAGCCGCAGUAUUCGUGCGAAUAGAGAAGUUGUUGUCCCGAUCAGAACGGAACACACCAUCCCCGGAGCUCUUCCAACUGUUCCGGUAGCAGAGUGCGUUAGUUGUCGUCCAUUAUCCGGCCCGUAGCAACGCGGUGCCCUUUCAGCUCCAUCCUGCUGAUCGUACUGAUUCGGGAGUGCCCGGAAGGAUACAGGGCGUUGGCUGAAGAUCUUCAUCCUUGCAUCCUGCAAAGGUCACCGAUAACCACCUUAAUCGAUUUCCAAUGAGAGUAGUCCAGUGCACGUGGCAUCUUCCAGCGGCGUCCCAUCCGGCAACCGUCUGCCAGUUCGGUCCUCCAUCGUCGUCGUCGUCGUCGCGAGGAUUGGCGGAGCUGUUUUGCUACAGCUACUACGCCGUCUCAACCAUUCUGCUGCACCUGUUCGCCGUUCUGCCACUGAUCAUCGCGGACCUCAAUUAUAGUGCAGUGAGCGGCUGCAGGCAGCCGUAGACGAUUCGCUCCACAACGUGUCCUCUGGUCAAUACAGCGAAUAAACACCAAAAAGGAUCUUCAGGAACAGGAUAUCAAACAGGAGGACCGAGACCGAGCUCUUCGCAAAGAAAACAUUCCAUUUUGCGCUUUUUUGUGUGCGUGUGCAUCAGGUAGACACGGCUAUCAUCAUGCUGAAGGUUGUGGGAGCGUCCUGGCAAAAGACCCGUAUAGGGUCCUACAUCUUAAUCGGUGCGCUGUUGCUCGCGUUGGGUGCUUUUUUCCUAGCCGGCAUGGAGCGCCCCAGCUACAACGGAACUUACUGUGCUACGACGUACUGGGCGAAGAAUUCUGGCUACCGUCUAGAGUUCUGGGGCCAACGGAACGAUCUCGAUCAAGUACCGAAAGGCGCGGUACGUGCGUGUUUCCGUGACAGUAUCCUGACGAACGGAUGGUCUCAGCUGGAAUUAGAAUCUCAGUCUUCCUACUCCGACACGGUGCAGGCGUACGCAGCCGGCAUAAUGGAGGGUGCUUUGACUUGGAACAACAUUUACAUGCACUGGUACAACACCAUCGAUUCGGUGUGCUCGAAAGAUGACGAAUCAGAAGAAUUUUGCGAUUGGUUGCGUGGCCUUAUCACAACUAACGUUGACACGGUGAAAAAGAUGGCGGACAUGAAGGGAAAGCACGAUUUCUACUGGUACCAAAUAGCUCUGUUCUACGAUCAGCUGGAGGGGAUCGAGAUCGGUUUCCGGAAGGGUGUGAAACGUUCCCGGAUGGAUUACGAAAUUCCAAAACAGGACUUUUUGCUUAUGAAUGCCGCCGUCGAUAUUCGGGAUCUGAAGAUCUACUACACCAACUUUCUGGUGGAGAACAGCGGACUGAAGCCGGAACCAGCAAAAGGUAUGAUGCUGCUGAAGCUGCAAACGCAAUCGAAUGGUUUGGCGAAAAUCUUGCUCGGACACACGUCCGACGGCAGCUACUCGUCGAUGUUGCGCAUGGUGAAGAAGUACACCCUAAGGUACCAUUUUUCUCUCAACGCUGCACGGAUGUCUGUUGGCAAAGCGGACGAAGCGGAAGAAGAUCGAUCUGUCGUGCCGGGAACGAAUAUCGUAUUCAGCGGGUAUCCCGGUGUGCUGGCUUCGCUGGAUGACUUCUACGUGAUUAAUGGACGCCGGCAACAUCGGCUGGUUGCCGCCGGGGUUAAGAUGGAAAACGAGCAUGUGAAUCUGUGGCGUAAGAUUGAUCUCGUGCGUUCGGUUUCGCUAGCGCCGCGUGUAAUGGCGGCGAAUCGACUCGGACACAGCGGUCGUUCUUGGGCACGAUACUUUGCACGCAAUCCGUCCACCGGCGUGAAGCAGUGGUUGGUGAUCGAUAUGGCACGUUUUGCAGGGCACAAUGCCAGUGCGAUAGACCACCCUGUAACUGUGCCACCAACGGCGGACGUGGUAGACCAAUCGGAGGAGGGAAAUGAAAUUCCAACCACCUUGGAGCAAGAUCAACUCGAAAUCGAACACCAGCAGCAACGGAUCGUGACCAAGCGCAUGGAUGAUUAUGUCGAUGAUGAUUUCGAGGAGCUGCAGUAUUCCGGACAUCAAAAACGCGCAUCAACUGUAUCAGAAUCGGCAAGCGGUGUUACAUUCGGGUCGGGAAUGUUUUGGGUGAUCGAUCAACUGCCCGGUCGAUUGCACGCGGAAGACAUCACGGAGAAAAUCGUUUCGAACGGUUAUUGGCUAACGAACGGAGUGCCUUAUUUUAAAGAAGCGUUGGACAUCAGCCAGGCUACAGUAAACGAAACGAAUACCGCACCUACGAACGGAACGAUGGAAAAAAUCCUACAGAACAUCACUGAUUUGGAGACCCUGGCGAAGUUCUUCCGCCAGUCGGCGUACCGGGGAGAUUUGGAUCAGGAACAGCCGGCAGCAUUCGGUAACAUCGAUAUGAAGCUGUAUAUGGAGGCAACCAACGGAACUGUGCAAUUUCGUGCAUAUUCUGGUCCACUGUACGAUCCGGCGCGUACCACCGGUAGCACGACAGGCCAGGCAGCUAAGCGAAGCAUUGUUAAAUCACAGAAGCUACAGCAAACAAUUGUCGCUGAACCGUUACAGACUGAUUCGUCUGCCGCCGCAACCGGUUCGUCCGUUGGAUCGCAUCCAUUCGAUUGGAGUGGAGUUUUGCCUUUCGAAGUGCGCCACCAGGGUCAUCCGGAAGUGUGGGAUUUCGAGCAUAUCACGCCCGAAUGGGCAUGGAUAUGAAUGACAACCGGCGCUAAAAGGUCGACGUAGAGAAGAAAGACAGUUUUAACUUACGCAAUCUGUGAUGCACCUGUUAUCGCUGGCCCUAAGCCGUAGUUCAAUUAUUUGCUCUUGAUCACCAUCCUAGUAAAUUCUGUGCAAUAACGAUGUUAAAUCACUAUGUCUUCCAAACAAAUGACCAGGCAAUCACAUGUGGUUGUGCAAUAGUUUGCUAUAUUAUAUCUGAAAAAAAACAUCUUAACUGCAUCUUAGUAUAAUGUGACCAAACAAUAAUGCGCGGCGCUGUUCCUGUUGAUAGCAAGGCGUUUUGCAAAGUUUUUAUAAAUCAAUUUUUUCCACAGACUAAAGAAAUAGGAAGCAGCUUCACGGAAAGGUAUCAAUUUCUUUUUUACGAACUCUGGAUGAAAAUCCGAAAUAUUGUAAAGUAUUAUUGAGG